GGGCUGCGGGCCGGCGGGCGGGGCGGGGCGGCCCGAGGCAGCAGCGCCCGCCGCGGCCCCAUGCUGCUGCCCCUGGCCUGCCUGCACGGCCGGGUGGCGCAGUGCCUCACGGCGCUCCUGGUGCUCGCAGAGCCGCCCCCCCGGCCCCGGCGCGGCGCGAGGGUGCACGGCGCGCCACCGUCGCGCGCGGAGGCCGCCCUGCCCGCGAAGAUGGCCGCGGAGCUGUACCCGGCCGCCGGCGCCGCGGCCGCUACCGCCACCGCCACCGCCACCGCCACGGACAUCGCUAACAGCAACGCCGCCGCCGCCGCCGCCGCCGCCGCCACGGGCAGGAAGGGCCCGCCCAGCGCCCCGCCGCCCGUCCCGCCGCCGCCCGCGCCCGCGCCGCCCGCGCCCGACAACAACAACUUGGAGAGUCCCAACUGGCAGUCCUUCCACCCGACCCUGCGCGAGAGGAACGCGCUGAUGUUCAACAACGAGCUCAUGGCUGACGUCCACUUCAUCGUGGGGCCCCCGGGAGCGGCCCGCAGGGUGCCCGCCCACAAGUACGUCUUGGCCGUUGGGAGCUCUGUCUUCUAUGCCAUGUUUUAUGGCGAUUUGGCAGAAGUUAAGUCAGAAAUCCACAUCCCCGACGUGGAGCCCGCAGCCUUCCUAAUCUUGUUAAAGUACAUGUACAGUGACGAGAUCGAUCUGGAAGCCGACACGGUGCUGGCCACUCUCUACGCUGCCAAGAAGUACAUCGUGCCGGCGCUAGCUAAAGCCUGUGUUAAUUUCCUGGAGACCAGCCUGGAAGCCAAAAACGCCUGUGUCCUGCUGUCCCAGAGCCGGCUGUUUGAGGAGCCCGAGCUGACCCAGCGCUGCUGGGAGGUCAUCGAUGCUCAGGCGGAGAUGGCUCUGAGGUCUGAAGGCUUCUGUGAGAUUGACUGGCAGACGCUGGAGAUCAUCGUGACGCGGGAAGCCCUCAACGCCAAGGAGGCCGUGGUCUUCGAGGCCGUCCUGAGCUGGGCGGAAGCAGAGUGCAAGAGGCAGGGCCUGCCGGCCACCCCGCGCAACAAGAGGCGCGUGCUGGGGCCCGUCCUCUACCUGGUCCGGAUUCCGACCAUGACCCUGGAGGAGUUCGCCAACGGCGCUGCCCAGUCGGAUAUCCUGACGCUGGAGGAGACCCACAGCAUCUUCCUGUGGUACACGGCCGCCAACAAGCCCCUCCUCAGCUUCCCGCUGACCAAGAGGAAGGGCCUCGCCCCGCAGAGGUGCCACCGUUUCCAGUCCUCCGCCUACCGCAGCAACCAGUGGCGCUACCGCGGCCGCUGUGACAGCAUCCAGUUUGCCGUGGACCGAAGGGUGUUCGUGGCAGGGCUGGGCUUGUACGGCUCCAGCUCCGGGAAGGCCGAGUACAGCGUGAAGAUUGAACUGAAGCGGCUGGGGGUGGUCCUGGCUCAGAACCUGACCAAGUUUGUCUCGGACGGCUCCAGCAACACCUUCUCGGUCUGGUUUGAGCACCCCGUGCAGGUGGAGCAGGACACCUUCUACACGGCCAGCGCUGUCCUGGAUGGCAGCGAGCUCAGCUACUUUGGGCAGGAAGGCAUGACGGAAGUGCAGUGCGGGAAGGUGACCUUCCAGUUCCAGUGCUCCUCGGACAGCACCAACGGGACCGGGGUCCAGGGUGGGCAGAUCCCAGAGCUCAUCUUCUAUGCCUGAGGUGGCAUGGGUACGCCGCGAGGGGCGCCGGGAGGGGAAGGGACGUGCAGGAGGCCGUGCUACCCCUUCACCCCCCGCCGACUGCCUCGCUGACGUCAUUAAAGACCUUGCUUAGUUUGUA